AUGGCCCCAGCGGAUCAAGCCAGCUACGAACAUUAUCUUGUAGCAAGGCAAGCAGUUCAAGAACACGCAGUGAAUGCCCUUACACCUACUCAAGACCAAAAGACGAUUCUCAUCAUCAUUGGCGUUUACACCGCUGCAAUUCUUGUAUUAUGGAACAUGCCGAUUAUAAAGAUCAUUCUUUCACCAUUCAAGUUAUUGACGGUUGGCCUUCAUGAAUUCUCGCACGCCAUCGUUGGAUGUCUCACCUGUGCAAAAAUCGAGUCUAUUGAAAUUGAUCCAGACGAAGGAGGAGUUACAAGAAUGCGUGGUGGGAUUCCCAUGUGUACCUUGCCUGCUGGUUACCUCGGCUCAUCUCUAAUCGGCGCAGUUUUGGUAAUGUGUGGCUUUAAUAUCCUGGCUUCAAAAGUAGCGUCGAUUAUCCUUGGCGUCUGUCUGCUAUUUACACUCUGGUGGGCCAAGAAUUGGUUGACCAGAUGUAUUGGAUUACUAUUUAUUGGCGUCAUGGUGUUUCUAUGGUGGUUGGCUCAUGGUGAAGGUCUUAAAUACUUUGUUCUGUUUGUGGGCGUUAUGUCAUGUCUUUAUUGCUUGUGGGACAUCCUGGACGACCUUGUAUUUCGAAAAGCGUUUGAAUCAGAUGCUUCCAAGUUUGCAAAACUGUGUGGAUCAUGCAUGUCCAGCAGAGUUUGGGGAGUUUUAUGGUUUAUCAUCAGUCUCUUGUUCUUUGUGGCUGGUAUUCUUAUUGGCUUGGCAGCUUUCAAAGGUAAUAUAUAUAUAAAAAAGCAUAAUAAUUGGGGGUGA